AUGGCAUCGCCAUUGGUGAGGGAUGAUUUAGCCGUAUCAACAAGCAAUCGCCGGAGCUUGAUCUCGGCGAGUUUCAGGGAGGUGUGGACAGCGUCGCCGGACGUAUUCAACGUCAGUGGUCGGCACACACCAGAGGAUGACGAACGGGAACUCAAAUUGGCUGCCAUAGAACGCUUGCCAACUUUUGAUCGCAUGAGAAAUGUGGUGCUUAGACAAGUUCUUGAUGAUGGAAUGGUUGUCCAUAAACAAGUCGAUGUUACGAGGCUUGGCUUGCACGAUAAGAAGGUGCUAUUGGAGAGCAUAUUAAAGGUUGUUGAAGAAGACAAUGAGAAAUUCCUACGCAGUCUCAGAGACAGAGUCGAUAGGGUGGGGAUUGAAGUUCCGAAAAUCGAAGUCCGUUAUGAGAAUUUAUCAGUGGAAGGAGAUGUGUAUGUUGGGAGCAGAGCCCUUCCUACCCUGCUUAAUGCUACUCUCAACAUUGUCGAGAGUAUGUUGGGAUUGUUUCACCUUGCACCUUCCAAGAAGAAAGAAAUUCAGAUUCUUAAAAAUGUUAGUGGAAUCGUCAAACCAUCAAGGAUGACUUUACUUUUGGGUCCUCCAGGGGCUGGGAAAACAACGUUGUUGUUGGCGCUUGCGGGGAAACUUGACCGGAAUUUAAGGGAUUAUGGGAGAAUUACAUACUGUGGCCAUGAGCUCACUGAAUUUGUUCCUCAAAAAACUUGUGCCUAUAUUAGUCAACAUGACCUUCAGUUUGGACAAAUGACAGUGAGAGAGAUAUUAGAUUUUUCAGGACGCUGUCUGGGUGUUGGCACCAGGUAUGAAAUGUUGGUGGAACUUUCAAGAAGGGAGAGAGAUGCUGGAAUUAAUCCGGACCCUGAGAUUGAUGCAUUCGUGAAGGCUAUAGCAUUGUCAGGCCAAAAAACAAGUUUGGUAACAGAUUAUGUUCUCAAGAUACUUGGGUUGGAUAUUUGUGCGGACAUAAUGGUUGGUGAUGACAUGAGAAGGGGUAUCUCCGGUGGGCAGAAGAAGCGUGUGACCACAGGGGAGAUGUUGGUAGGAUCAGCAAAGGCACUCUUUAUGGAUGAAAUAUCAACAGGAUUGGACAGCUCUACCACUUUUCAGAUAUGCAAGUUCAUGAGGCAAAUGGUUCAUAUCAUGGAUGUAACCACUGUGAUUUCUCUUCUACAGCCUGCACCAGAGACCUUUGAACUCUUUGACGACAUUAUCCUACUUUCAGAAGGUCAAAUUGUAUACCAAGGUCCCCGUGAGGACGUGCUAGAGUUCUUUGAAAACAUGGGUUUCAAAUGUCCUGAAAGAAAAGGAGUUGCUGAUUUUUUACAAGAAGUAACGUCUAAGAAAGACCAACAACAAUAUUGGUUUAAAAAAGAUGAACCUUACAGAUAUGUUUCAGUUCCUGAAUUUGUUGAGUCCUUUCAUUCGUUUCCCAUAGGAGAGCAACUUACGACUGAUCUUGGGGUUCCUUAUGAUAGGAGAAAAACCCACCCAGCUGCCUUAGUGAAAGACAAAUACGGUUUGUCAAACUGGGAACUAUUGAAGGCAUGCUUUUCAAGAGAAUGGCUUUUUAUGAAGCGUGACUCAUUUGUUUAUAUAUUCAAGACAACUCAGAUAACAAUCAUGUCUAUUUUAGCCUUUUCUGUGUUUUUUAGAACCAAAAUGCCAGUAGGCAACGUUCAAGAUGGACGAAAAUUCUUCGGAGCACUAUAUUUUAGCCUAACAAAUAUGAUGUUUAACGGGACUGCAGAACUAGCCAUGACCGUUAUCAGGCUUCCUGUCUUUUACAAACAAAGGGAUUUCAUGUUCUAUCCUGCAUGGGCGUUUGGGUUACCUAUAUGGGUUCUCAGGAUCCCUCUCUCUCUUGUGGAAUCAGCGAUAUGGAUUUUCAUUGCAUACUAUACAAUCGGAUUUGCUCCUGCUGCUAACAGAUUCUUCCGCCAACUGCUGGCCUUAUUUGGCAUUCAUCAGAUGGCUAUCUCUCUUUUUCGUUUCAUUGCUGCAGCUGGUAGAACAGUAACCGUUGCUGGUAUACUAGGUGCCUUGACCUUGCAAAUGGUAUUUGUGCUAGGAGGUUUUAUCAUCGCCAAGGAUGAUAUUAAGCCAUGGAUGAUAUGGGGCUAUUAUGUUUCUCCUAUGAUGUAUGGUCAGAAUGCCAUUGUAAUAAACGAAUUUUUAGAUGAAAGAUGGAGUAAACCAAAUACAGAUUCAAGAAUUGAUGCACCUACAGUUGGAAAAUUACUUCUCAAGUCCGGAGGGUUUUAUACAGAAGAUUAUUGGUUUUGGAUAUGCAUUGGAGCAUUGUUUGGGUUUGCUCUUCUUUACAACCUUCUCUUCAUUGCUGCAUUGACUUAUUUGAAUCCUUUCGGUGAUUCAAAAACAAUCAUCGUGGAUGAAGGUGACGAGAAGAAUGAAAAGUCAACCUCUGGACAGCAUAUCAUUGAAGGUAUAGACAUGGCAGUGAAAAGUUCUUCAGAAAUUACUGGUUCUUCUGAUCAAGAACCAAAAAAAGGAAUUGUUCUGCCCUUUCAACCUCUUUCAGUUGCAUUCAAUGGAGUGAGCUACUAUGUAGAUAUGCCCGCUGAAAUGAAGAGUCAAGGAAUUCAUGAAGAUCGACUUCAACUGCUACGAGAUGUCAGUGGUGCUUUCAAACCAGGCAUAUUGACAGCACUUGUGGGUGUUAGUGGUGCUGGAAAGACAACCCUCAUGGAUGUAUUAGCUGGAAGAAAAACAGGUGGUUACAUUGAAGGAACUAUCAGUAUAUCAGGUUAUCCAAAGAAUCAAGCAACAUUUGCUCGAGUUAGCGGUUACUGCGAACAGAAUGACAUUCAUUCUCCACAUGUUACAGUCUACGAAUCGCUCUUAUUCUCAGCGUGGCUUCGUCUUCCGUCAGAUGUUAGAACACAAACGCGAAAGAUGUUUGUCGAAGAAGUUAUGGAAUUGGUUGAGCUUAAACAAAUCAGAGAUGCUCUGGUGGGGCUUCCAGGCGUGGAUGGUCUAUCAACAGAACAAAGGAAAAGGCUUACUAUUGCUGUAGAGCUGGUUGCCAACCCUUCAAUCAUCUUCAUGGAUGAACCAACAUCUGGCCUUGAUGCAAGAGCUGCUGCUAUUGUUAUGCGAACUGUGAGAAAUACAGUAGACACUGGGAGAACCGUUGUGUGCACGAUUCACCAACCAAGCACAGAAAUUUUCGAAGCUUUUGAUGAGCUAAUGUUGAUGAAAAGAGGAGGACAAGUCAUUUAUGCUGGGCCUCUUGGUCGUCACUCACAUAAGCUUGUAGAAUAUUUUGAGGCUAUUGCAGGGGUUCCAAAAAUCAAGGAUGGUUAUAAUCCUGCUACAUGGAUGCUAGAGAUCAGCACUCCUUCAAUUGAGGCUCAACUUGAUGUAGAUUUUGCUGAGAUUUAUGCUAACUCUACCCUUUACCAGAGGAAUCAAGAACUUAUCAAAGAGCUCAGUACUCCAUUACCUGGUUCCAUGGACUUGUUCUUCUCAACAAGAUAUUCUCAGUCGUUUUUUGUACAGCUCAAAGCUUGUUUCUGGAAACAACAUUGGUCCUACUGGAGAAAUCCUCAGUAUAUUGCCAUCCGAUUGUUCUUGACAUUAGUCAUUGGAGUAAUAUUUGGUCUAAUAUUCUGGAAUAAAGCCAAAAUGAUAAAAAAACAACAAGAUGUAUUCAAUCUCUUGGGAGCCAUGUACGCUGCUGUGGUUUUCCUUGGAGCUAUGAACACCACGGGAGUGCUACCAGUUGUUGACAUAGAAAGAACUGUCUUGUAUCGUGAAAAAGCAGCGGCGAUGUAUUCUGCACUAUCCUAUGCACUUGGCCAGGUGGCAAUAGAGGCAAUUUAUAACGCAAUUCAAACAGCCAUUUACUCUCUCCUCCUUUACUCAAUGAUUGGGUUUGAAUGGAAGGCAGGGAAAUUCUUUUGGUUCUACUAUUACAUACUAAUGUGUUUUAUCUACUUCACGUUGUAUGGGAUGAUGAUUGUUGCACUAACCCCAAAUCACCAAAUUGCUGCUAUUUGUAUGUCAUUCUUCUUGAGUUUCUGGAACUUGUUCUCUGGCUUUCUCAUUCCCAGGACACAAAUCCCUGUGUGGUGGAGAUGGUACUAUUGGGCUUCUCCUAUUGCUUGGACAGUCUAUGGCCUUGUUACCUCUCAACUGGGUGACAUAAAUGCUGAACUGGAAAUUCCAGGAGCUGUGAAUAUGGGCUUGAAGUCUUUUCUUAAAGAAAACUUGGGUUUUGACCAUGACUUCCUUCCGGUGGUUGCUGCUGCUCAUGUAGGCUGGGUUAUGCUCUUCUUGUUCGUGUUUGCCUGCGGUAUCAAAUUCCUGAACUUCCAAAAAAGAUAG